AUGUUGGUCGCCUCCUUCCUAGCAGGAAACGUCCCUCUCUCCUUCCACCUCUCAGAAGACCGUCUCAAGCUCAUCUCUAAUUUCGGUGUUGGGCUCCUUGUCGGAACAUCGCUCGUCGUUAUCAUCCCUGAGGGCGUCGAGACUCUCUACAGCACUCCCAAGCCAGCUAAGUCGCCCUCAGCGCAGCUUCCUCCGCCGUCAGGAAUCAAUGGCCACAACAAUCCUAUCAAGCGUGCAUUCGUCCUCCCUGACACCGUCGCCGCCGAUGCUACUAGAUUGACCAAGCGCCAGGAUGACUUUGUCGUCUUUUCUGCUGACCACCCUUCCCUUGCCAGUGAUUCCUUCUUGCAAAGAGAGGAGGCUAAGGCUACUUCAUUCGAGGACAACAUGGCAGCAACUCUUGUGGAGGGCCGCGCAUCCAUUGCCAAGCGCCAGGAGGUUGGAGAAGAGGAAGGUGCCAUUGCACAAAAACCCGUAGAGCAGGAGCAGGAGGAGGAUAUUGACAACGACAGUGAACGUCAGAAUGCUGGACAUGCCGACGACGUCGGUGAGGGAGAGGAGGAAGAGGAAGAGGACGAUGCGCACAAGUACAUUGGUCUGGCCUUGUUGUCGGGAUUCAUCCUGAUGUUCUUGAUUGACCAGAUGGGCCCAACUCAUGCUCACGGCCACAACAACCACGUCUCUGUCGCCGAUUUCACGGAACUGCACAACCUUCAGCUGGACGACAACAAUAUUCGGAUGCCUUCGGCUGCAGGAAUGAACGCCGGUGGCGGAAAGAAGCGUGGUAACCCCAUCACUAUCGGAUUGGUCGUUCAUGCCGCUGCAGAUGGAAUUGCUUUGGGUGCCUCUGCUUCCCGUCCGGAGUUGCGCUUCAUUGUCUUCCUUGCCAUCAUGUUGCACAAGGCCCCUGCCGCUUUCGGACUGUCGACUGUGUUGUUGCAACAUGGAUUCUCUCGUCGCCAGACUCGCCAGCAGGUCGGCAUCUUUUCCCUCGCUGCUCCUAUCGGCGCCCUUCUGACCUACAUUUUCAUCCAGCUCAGCGGCCAUCGCGAGGAGGCUUCGUUGCACUGGUGGACCGGCAUACUGCUUUUGUUCUCAGGAGGCACGUUCCUGUAUGUGGCCAUGCAUGUGAUGUCCGAGAUGAACAACGCGGAAUCGAGCUCUGGGUCGAAUGGAUAUAGCGUUGGAGGUGCUGGCGGAGACAAGGGUCUUUCGGUGGUGGGCGUUCUCUGUGUUGUUGGAGGCAUGAUUGUGCCUUUGAUCCUCUCGGUCGACCAUGAACAUUAG